AUGCAUCGUACCACAUCCAGUAUCCAAGCUGUGGCAAAUGCCGGCAUUGGAGGUUGUGAUGGAUACCAAAACAUUUCCCAGCAGAGGGUCCCAGCUAACCUCCUGCCGCAAAGGCAGACCAAUAGAACUGUGCUUGGAGUGCUCAGUGAAAAUGAACAGCGACACAGAUAUCUUGGCUUGGGUGCUGCUUCUAAAAAGAUUGUUCCUGGGAUCGAGAAUGUGUUCCACUUUCCUGGAAAGAUGGUCCCCACAAACAUUGCAACAGUGGUCCCCAAGCCAUGCUUUGCCAUUUAUGUUGAUGAGCCUGAAGAGGAUCAGGAAAUCAGUCAGUUUGAAGUGGAACUUCCCAGUCUGGAGGAGAUGGAUGCCAAUGUUAUAAAGCAGAAGUUCCACUUGCUGCUGGAUGUCAGUGCAGCCUCUCCAAUGAUGGUGGAUGCUUCUCUUCCAUUGCAACAAGAGUCUGAAAAUGCUGAAGAGAUGGAUCCUGAUGCCAUUGCAGUUUCUGAAUACAUUGAAGAGAUACACCAUUACCUUCGUGAGGCUGAAGUUAAAUAUAGACCCAAACCUUACUACAUGAGGAAGCAACCAGACAUCACAUCAGCCAUGCGGACGAUCUUGGUUGAUUGGCUUGUCGAAGUCAGAGAAGAGUACAAGCUCCGAAAUGAGACUCUCCAUCUUGCUGUGAAUUUUCUUGACAGAUUCUUGUCUAGUAUGUCUGUACUAAGGGGAAAGCUGCAACUUGUAGGAACUGCGGCUAUUCUACUGGCUUCCAAAUAUGAAGAGAUCUAUCCCCCUGAUGUGGAUGAGUUUGUGUACAUAACUGAUGAUACCUACACAAAGAAACAACUUCUGCGAAUGGAACACCUGUUGCUUAAAGUGCUGGCCUUUGACCUCACUGUCCCCACAAUCAACCAGUUCCUGCUCCAGUACUUUCACAAACAUACAAUUGGCACAAAGGCUGAACAUCUUGCAAUGUACAUGUCGGAGCUGACACUACUUGAGGUGGACCCCUUCUUGAAGUAUGUUCCCUCAUUGACUGCUGCUGCAACCUAUUGUUUGGCCAACUACACAAUUAACAAAACUUUCUGGCCUAAUACCCUUCAAGCAUUCUCUGGUUACACCUUAAGUGACAUUGCACCUUGUCUGGCUGAUCUGCACAGGGCCUGCCAUAAUGCACCUCACCAACCACAACAAGCCAUUCAGGAGAAGUACAAGGCUCCAAAGUACAUGCAAGUAUCCCUUCUGGCAAUCCCUGCAAUGCUUCCUCUGUGACUAUAGAACUUUCAAUGGCUUGCACAGCACUUACCUCAAGACCAACAGUGUUGGUCUGGUUUUUUGUUUUUGUUUUAAUG